CACGUAGCGUAAACAGUUUGCAAGGCAUCAUGGCGGCGGUAUCAGCUAUGGGGGUUUCUCAGCAUCUUUCUUCUUGUAAUAAUUUGGUUCCAGAAUGGACUUCUCAGGAAGUCAGCACUGGGACCACCAUUAUGGCAGUUGAAUAUGACGGCGGGGUUGUUAUCGGGGCUGACUCCAGGACCACAACCGGGGCAUACAUUGCGAACAGGGUAACGGAUAAGCUCACUCCUAUCCACGACCGCAUCUUCUGCUGCCGAUCGGGCUCUGCCGCCGACACACAGGCCAUUGCCGAUGCUGUCACCUACCAGCUUGGUUUCCACAGCAUUGAACUGGAUGAGCCCCCAUUGGUCCAGACGGCUGCCAAUCUCUUCAAGGACAUGUGCUAUAGGUACAGGGAGGAGUUGAUGGCUGGCAUCAUCGUGGCUGGCUGGGACAAGAGGAGAGGCGGACAGGUGUACACGGUGCCCGUGGGCGGCAUGCUGAGCAGGCAGCCCGUGUCUGUGGGCGGCUCUGGCAGCACCUACAUCUACGGCUACGUGGACUCCAACUACAGGACUGGCAUGAGCAAGGAGGAGUGCCUGAGGUUCGCCGCCGGAGCCCUGUCAUUGGCCAUGGAGAGGGACGGCUCCAGUGGAGGUGUGGUGCGAUUGGCUGUCAUCAACGAGGAGGGCGUGGAAAGGCAGUGCAUCCUGGGCAACCAGCUGCCCAAGUUCUCCACCGUCUGAUGACCACAGUACAUUACCAUUACGCAUACACACGUGUGCACAUACAGACACGAGUCCAUUUUGUAAUGUUAAUUCAACACUUGAAGAGUGGAAUUUAACACUUUUUAGUGUUGAUCUUGUCUUAAGUGUUGGAAUUGACAUCGGAAAAUGUGUUGUGUACACUACAUUACAUUACCUACAUGUUUAGUUACAUUUCUUACAUUGUUGCCUGGUUUGUUUAAUAAUAAAAAUCAAAUUGAGAGAAAAGUGCUUUCAAUAAACAUGAGAGACAAGAAAACCUUCCCAUA